UCAGCCGCCGGACCGCGCGGUGUACGUACGCGGGUGUUCCGAUACUUCGCUCUCUCCGCGCUAAUUUGCCGUCUGCGCGCCUCUCUUCGCCGAUCGCGCUCGUUAUGCGCAAAACGAUAAUCGGUUGGACGAUCCCUCGAUCGUGACGCUGUAGGGAAAGGAUAAUGAUGCAAAUGCCCUAACCUUGUAAUUAGUUUCGGAAGAAAAAUUGAGAGAAAUACGUGCCUGAGUCUUGGAGGAGAGGGUCAGCCUAGGCUUGACGAGGAAGACGAGAACGAAGACAACAACGACAACGACGACGACGUUCUUGUGCCAAUUGGCGACGGAUUCGCUGCCGUCCUGAGACUCGCCGAUUCAACUUUUGGAUUCAUUUUCGACCAGGAUGCUACCGUGCGGCCUGUUGAUCCUCGUGGCGACGAGCUUUGUCGUCACUAACGGCACGCCAAUUAAUCUGGAUCCGGAAGAUUACGAGGUGCUUGCUGACAACGAGGCGAAAUCUGUCACUAAAGAUUCUCCGGACGCACGAGAAGUAAGAUGCUACUGCAAUCAACCUGAAUGCGUUCCUCAGGGAUAUAUGUGUCGUGGUAAGAAGUGCUUCACCGAGCUGCCGUCCCGUGCAAACACACCGCUUUCGCAAGCGGAGCACAGUACGCACAGCGGUUGCUUGGACGAGAGCUUCAAAAAUCGCCAGUGUCCCACGGGAUUUCUUUGCUGCAAUCAGGAUCUCUGCAACCACGUGGACAGUCCUGCGAUGAGAAAUAGGCUUAACAAGACUCUACAAGUGCUCAUCGGCGGUCAGCGAGCGUACUUGGCUCCUUUGCAACCAAACAAUCACGGGAGCCAGACGACGGACAGCUUGUUCACGACGACGACAACAACCGUCAUCGUGGCUAUCUGCGGAUUUAUCGUCAUGUUCCUGAUCGCCACUCUGGCUGUCAGAUGGUUGCGGCCUGUGCCAAUGCAGACCACGAACAAAUUCGUGCCCCAUCGGACGCCCGACAACGGACCGCCCUUGCUUGGACCACCGAAAGUGCCUCUCGUUUAAGAAAUUCCGCGAUCCAAAGACAGAGUCCCGCGACGAAGGUGUUCUAAGUAAAUAGUUUAAUUAAUCGAGCUGGCUGCGCUGGCUUUGGUACAUGACGCGAUCGGAGAGUCGUGCCAUAUAUACAUAUAUGUACAUGUUAUAUUUGCGUAACGCGGGGGAUGUCGAGCAUUCGCGUAUCAAUUCUGAGUAACGGGGCAUUGGAUAAGAUACAAUAUUUUUUCACGAUAACUAACAAUCUUAUUCCAAUUUGACUUUAUUUCUUCGUCUUUGUUCAUCUCUUACGGUUUAGAUUUAACGCGCGCGAGAUUGCGCGCGCUGUACGCAAACCUCUCCUCCAUAAAGAUCCCGCAGAGGCUACGAUUCGUGUACUAAAGUCCAGUCGUAAGACUUGUCUAGAAAGCUAGCGGGCCGCCGGAAAGGCUCCACUUGGCUGUGAAUUUAAUGAAGAAGCAACUACUGUAAAUUAUAUUUGUGACGAUAACGCGUUACUUGUUGCAUUUCCUUGGGACGUCGGCGCGUCGGUGCCUCCACGCGCCCUCGUGCGAUCGAAGAGUGAGAACGGGUUGACAUUUCCAAGACCCUUUACAACAACAUGACAUUACGACGGCGACGUAUAACGCAUACGGCGACGCAUCAUCCUGCGUCAUCGUUGUAGGAUUGUAAAUAUAUAUAACUAUGUAUUUUUUAUCGAUAUUUUCAACGAACCGUUGAUGAAUCCGCGACGCGACGACGCGUCGCGCGAAUCACGAUCGCGGUCUUGAACGUUGUAUCGAAUACUGUUCUCUAAGAGUAUAUUAUUGUAUUACGUAUUUUUACUUUGCGAGAACCGUGCUACUCCGUUAGAGUAGGAGAGAGAGCUCUAUAUCUCUUACGAAAAUAAUCUCCUCGUAAAGAUUACCGUAUUAAGAAAUAAAUCCAUGAUUCAUUGGAGCCGCCAGUGCGACUUCAAGGUACAGCCAGUAAAUCUGUGAAAAGCAUACUUUACUUACUUUAUAUAAUAUAAUUUUUAAGCGUAUUCCGUAUAAAUCCGUAUAAAUAUUGUAUUGUGAUAGUACGAUAUAACAAUAACGUUUAAAUAAAUACAUCUGAGUCUAUCUCCACGUAGACUGUUUUAUACAUGUAUUCACUUGUAAGGAGAGAGAGCGAAAGAGGAUCGAAGUAAAAUGUAAUUUCAAGCGUC